CCGAAUUACAUACGAUGGGAUGGCUCUGCAAAUCUUAGCUGGAGAUAUCUUCUCCGCUCAAGAUACUUUCUCCAAUAGCAACGACAAACAGCUAAUACAACCCAAGCCUGAAAGUGAGGCUAAGCAAAUCCUACAACAACCCCCAGAGUAGCUAUCAUUACGUAGGAUUGCAGGCUGCUUGGUCAAUGCUGUCAUAGCUUGCCGGCUACAAGAAGAACGGCCAGUCUUCUAUUCCGCAUGUUGAAAAAUAAAGUCAAUUCCAAGCUUUUUCCUUUUCUUAUAAACUUCUUAGUUGAGCAAGGUUUGGCUGGUGCACGAUGAAGUCGGCAGCACUUUUCACCGGCCUCUUGGUCUCAUCCGGCCAAUACGCUACGGCCCAAAGCACUUCGAGCUUCGACUGGACCAAGCUCAGGCCGUCCACAUCACUGGAGUACUCAGAAUGCUAUGGCUCUCUUAAGUGUGCCAAGCUAGGAGUUCCUAUGGACUGGCUUAGCGACUCGAACCACAAUGCGACCGAAGUCUCCUUGGCCAUUAUUGCACUUCCGGCUACCGUCCCCGAUGACGAUCCCUCUUUUGGCGGUACCAUCAUCGUCAACCCCGGCGGUCCCGGCGGAUCUGGAGUAGAGUUUGUGCUCGCGGAUGGCGAGCUUCUCCAGGGUGUUGCUGAUGGUAACAAGCACUAUGAGAUCCUAUCCUUCGACCCUCGCGGUGUCGGAUACUCGGAACCCAAGGCGGACUGUUACAACGAUGAGCUCGCCCGAGAUGUCACUGCGCUCUCGCUUCGUGGCAUGGGCCCCUUGAGUGGUGGUGAAAACGUCGUUAGACGCCAGGCCGCUCUACUCAGCGCGUAUGGAAGUCUUUGCGAGGGCGAAAAGAUUCACAAGUUCAUGUCUACAGCUAGCGUUGCGCGAGACAUGGUUCAGAUCGUAGACAAGAUCGAUGAGCUACGUAGCAGCAACGGAACUUCUAGCGCCAAGUUGCGCAUGCGUGGCGGCCCGCGACGAAUGCAAUCGCGCCAGGAGAAAGACCUCCCUCGUAUCCAGUAUUGGGGCUUCUCUUAUGGUACGGUUCUUGGGAACUAUUUCGCCUCCAUGUUCCCUGGCCGUGUUGAUCGCAUGCUUCUCGAGGGCGUUGUGGAUAUCCAUGAUUACAACGCAGCCGCGUGGUCCAAGAACCUUCAAGACACUCAGAAGGAUUAUGACCAGCUUUUCAUCAAUUGCUUCGAAGUUGGUUCUCACUGCGCCCUUCACAAGCCAGGCGACUCGGGUCCGAGUGAUAUCCGCGCCCGCGUCGAUGCUUUCUUGAAGCAACUCGACGAGUCUCCGGCUCAGAUCGUGACGAACAGCAGCAUCGAGGAGAUCACACGGGCCGACGUCUCCGCCAUCAUAUUCCAGGCUCUGUACCAGCCCCAGGAGUACUUCUCACUAGCCGCUCAGGUCCUGGCCAAGGGAAUGGAAGGUGACUUUAGUGCUGUGUAUGCCAGCCUUGGCACUCCUAAAUCGACCGAGUACUGCCCCACGACUAUCCCCAAGACGUACACAUGGACGCAGGAUGCAGAAAUCGCCGUCGGAUGCGGGGAUGCAGAGCCGGCGAACGACCAAACCAUCUCCGACUUCCAAUCCUACCUCACCGACAUCCAAGAGCAAUCUCCCGACUUCGGCCCGGCCUGGGCCCAACUCCGCCUCGCCUGCAGGGGCUGGCGUGUACGCCCCAAGUACCGCUUCACAGGGCCAUUCACGUCUCCCGCCGCGGACCCGAGCGGCGCCCCCGGCAAGCCCAAGGCCCCGAUUUUAUUCGUAUCUAGCCGGUACGACCCGGUGACUCCUUACGAGAACGCCAUCGCCAUGGCGAAGGAGCACACGGGGGCGCGUGUCCUGCUGCAGGAGAGCCCCGGCCACGGCGCGCUGUUCUCGCCUGGGAAGUGCCGCGAGGACUACGUCAAGAAGUACUUCGAAACCGGGGAGCUGCCGCCCGAGGGUACGGUCUGCCAGCCUGAUUGUAAGCCCUUCCGGGACUGCCCUUCGGCUCCUACCAGCAAGCGCAGCGUGGGUGGUGCGGUUGAGAAGAUUUUCCCUCCGCCGAACCGCGGACCUUUAGGGAUUGCUUGGUAGGAUAUCUACCUACCUAUGUAUAUAAUUUCCGUAGUAUUAUUUAUUUAUUUAUUUAUUUAGUUACCAAAUCAGUUUGCCGCGGCUUGUUAGUAUACAGGAACAGGUUUAUAGUAAUGGCGGGUUUGUACGAUAGGAAAGUGGAUUUACUGAUGAUAUGGGGUUUAUUAAUGAUG